UUCUUUUCCUCGAACGUUAAUGGAACAAUCGAAGAUGGAAACCCAACCAAAAUCCAGCACCACUCUGUCUCCGUCCCGAGAACCGAACCCGAGAGAUUCGGAUCCCGCAAUGGACGCGGAGGGCUUCGUUAUGGUGCCUACAUCAGAGCCACAGGAAAAGGAAGAGAAAGAGACUCGGGAUCUGAAAGCAAGUCAGGUUCAAAGCCCGCAAUCACCGGUCCAGUCGCCAUCCGGUUCGAGAAAUUUAGUUCACUGGAGUCCGGAUCUGGUAAGUGAAUCGCGUGCUGUGGAUCACAGUGCGACCAUAUCAGCUCCUUAUAGAUCCAAUCCUUACGUUGCUCAUGCUCCGCCUCCAGAAUCUUCUUCGGCUUCCUUCAAAGAGACGAUGGAUGUAGUUAAGGAUGUCUUGGGGAGAUGGGGGAGGAAAGUGACAGAAGCGACGAAGAAAGCGGAGGAUCUGGCCGGGAACACGUGGCAGCACUUAAAAACAAGCCCUAGUUUUGCUGAGGCUGCCAUGGGAAGAAUUGCUCAGGGAACAAAGGUUCUAGCGGAAGGUGGCUAUGAGAAGAUUUUUAGACAAACUUUUGAGACAGUUCCAGAAGAGCAGCUUCAAAAUUCAUUUGCAUGUUACUUAUCCACAUCAGCUGGUCCUGUCAUGGGAGUUUUAUAUGUAUCUACAGCAAAGCUAGCAUAUUGCAGUGACAGUCCUCUUUCCUACCAAAACAGUAGCAAGACGGAAUGGAGCUACUACAAGGUAGUUAUCCCACUACAUCAACUUAAAUCAAUUAAUCCUUCAACAAGCCGAGUCAAUCCUUCUGAAAAGUACAUCCAAGUUAUCUCUGUUGAUAGUCAUGAAUUUUGGUUCAUGGGCUUCUUAAAUUAUGAAGGUGCGGUUACAUGCUUACAGGAAGCUUUGCAAACAACAUAGCUUACAAUCUGUGUGAUACUGUUUCUACCAGAAUAACCUUCACCCCCGGUUGUAAAAUGUUGUCAAGCGAGCAUUUGCUGCACUGCUUGGAGGCAUAUUUGAUAGAAAAUGCUACUUCGUAAGCUUUUCAAUAUUCUAUGCCAAUAAAAGAUUAGGUAAUCGUAAAGCUGUAUCUGGAAAUCAUAUGGAAGUUACAAGAAAAGAAUACAAUGAGUCUGCGCUGUUUUAAACUCAUCUGUUUGUAGUUUGAUUUGCUGUAAUCCUUUCUAUCACUAGAUAGCAUACCAAAUGUUUUGACA